AUGCAUACUAACUACCUAAAAGCAUGGAAGAAACGACAGAAGCAGCCACACUUUUUCCACAUUGCAACUGACGCACAGUACUGCCAUCAAUGUUACCUGCAGCCAUGCUCUGCCAGACUUUUGGAUAACCAGUUAGAGUUUGAUGCCUGUAUUAUGAAAGACCUAGCGGAGAUGACCGAAGAAGAGUACAGAGAGAAGCUCCGCCUGUACUACCGAGCUCAGCUAGUAAAGCUACAAGGUAAACGCACUAUCAACCGUCAAAUGCCAACAAACAAUGACAUUCCCCUUUGUGCAAAGAAGCUAACUGCUAAAAUUGCCAGCAUCGAAGCCGGUGGAUAUGACAGUCUAUUCGAAGAACGCAACCCAUUCUCAAGCAGCCUCAAAGCUACCAAAGCCCCCACCGGUACCUGUACCGAUACAGUGGAAUACCUGUCUGAAUCGGAGGAAGAAGCAUGCUUCGAGUAG